CCGGCGGGCGGGCGGAGCCGAGCCGCGCCGAUCCCAGCCGCGCCGCGCCGAGCGGAGGGAGCAUUGUGCGGGCGGGCGGACCGAGCGACCGACCGAGCGACGGACGCCGCGAGCAGCGCCGAGCGCCGCAUUCCCCGCUGAGGCCGCCGCCCCCCUCCCUUCCCCCCCCUCCCCCAGCAGCAUGUCGGGUCGGUCGGUGCGGGCCGAGACCCGGAGCCGGGCGAAGGAUGAUAUCAAACGGGUGAUGGCGGCCAUCGAGAAAGUGCGCAAAUGGGAGAAGAAGUGGGUGACAGUUGGUGACACAUCCCUAAGGAUUUACAAAUGGGUACCAGUAACAGAGCCUAAAGUCGAUGAUAAAAAUAAGAAUAAGAAAAAAGGCAAAGAUGAAAAAUGUGGCUCUGAAGUGACCACUCCAGAGAACAGCUCCUCUCCGGGGAUGAUGGACAUGCAUGAUGACAAUAGCAACCAGAGUUCGAUAGCUGAUGCUUCUCCAAUAAAACAAGAAAACAGUAGUAAUUCAAGUCCGGCACCAGAACAGAACUUGGCAACACAAGCAGACGGCGCUGAAGUAAAGUCUGAUGAAACUCAGACAGAAGCAAAGGAGCAGCCUGGUUCAGAAGAUACCUCUGAUGAACAGAAUUCACAGUCUUCAAUGGAAAAUUCCAUGAAUAGUUCAGAGAAAGCAGAAAUUCAGUCCUCUGGAGAAAAUGAUAUAAUUACAGAGGCAUCUAAAAACUCUCAGGACUCUGAAGGAGUGCCACCUUCUAAAAAGAUGAAAGUAGAGGCUUCCCAACAAAAUGUUGAAGAGAUUUAGACUAUAGAUUUUUCUGGUCAGUUUUUAUGUAAGGUACAUCAGUGGGCUUAAUUAUAGAACAACCUUACUUAAGCAUCUUCUCUUGGAUGAGGACAGAACUCCUAACUUUUCAAGUUACCAAGCAAAAAUCCAAGAAAGCCUAACAAAGGUUUAACUUCUCAGACACUGAAAACUUUUUCCUGUGAAACAAACAUUGAGAACUUUUAAGUUACUGUCUCUGAAAUGGUUGGAGUAAACAACUCAGGAGGGGUCUACGCACUGUUUCUAAAGUCAAAAUUACAAUUAUGUUGCUGCUGUAUUUUUUUUUUUUUUUUCAUUUCUCUAUUUAACAUUGUAAGAUAUUUAAGGAUGGUACAGGUCAGGUAUUAGCUUUCAUGUGAAGUUCAUUGUUCUGGCGUGAUGUCUGCUUUUGUUUUGUGCCUUGUGUUCUGAAAACAGUGCUAACUUUUAAAAGUUGUUUUGCAACUGUCUCCUUUGCAAAGUGGCCUAUGUUUGUAUAAUGCCAUGUAGUAAGGCUUUUUCUUUUUUUUUUCUUUUCUGUUUGGGGUUUUCUUGUUUUUAAUUUUUAAAUCCCUGGUGCUUAAAUUUUUAACAAAUACAAAUCAGGAAGCCAUUUUCACUCUUGGAGUCCAAGGAGAAAAAGGAGCUUGAUAUUUUAUUUUAGCAGCUAUAGUGGAGAUCUUUUAUUGAAUGCAUGGCAUUCGCAACUGUAAAUUUGGUCUUCUAAAUACUUAACUUCAUCAGAAGUUAACAUGAUCUGUUUACCAUUUAUAGUGUCCAGAUCUGAAUAUAUACUAUAACACAGCAGUUAAAAUACUUGCGUAUUAGGUCCAGAUCUCUGUACUGGGUACAACUUGCUUUCCAGAAAAGUUCCACUAUGUACAUAAAUAGGAUCAAAGGGAUUGAUGCACAGUGAAUUUAUUUUCAAUUGGUCUUUUUUGAUAUCAUGUUUUCACUGAACUGGAUUUCAUUGUACUGUUUCUUUAUAAGAUGUUUACUUCUACGUUCCAGGUUAAUACUGUAUUUGGGAUUUCUCUUUUGUUUUUUCUUUUCAGCAAGUCUUGUAAAUAAGCCUUGUUGUUUCCAUAGUCUCUACAUCAUUGUUAGAAAUGUUCCUUCUUUUCCAAUUAUGUUGACGUGUGCUUAUGCUAAACUUGAUUGAAAGGCAUGAAGUAUGUGCAACUCCCUUCAAAUUCGUGGCAUGUCGAAGUGCAGAACCAUCUGCAUCGGGUCAUAAGGGCCUGAUCUUCGUACUUCCAGGGUGAGCUCCCAGUUACAAAUACCUGGUGUCGGUGGGAACUGCAGGUUUCUCACUUCACCGUACACACACACGCGUAUGUACGUACAUACGUAUUGCUGGAGCGGGCCCUUAGUCUGUCUUCACUUUGUGUGGGAGAUGGAACUUGUAAUUUAAAAUAUGAUCUCACAGCUAUGAAAAUGGUUGCAUAUAGUUUGUAAGCUAAGAACUGUAAAUACUUUUUUAAAUGAAAAAGAAAUUGCUUCCAGUUGAUACAUUUUCAUAAUUAGCUCUUCAUUAAGCUUAUUUAUUUCUGAAUUCUCCAAUAGUGAAAAUGGCUUGCACUAGACUACUGCAUUGUGUUUGCAAUUACCACUUUAUUAUGAAAAACAAUGGGGAAGGGGGGGGAUAAAGGGGGGAAGGAGUGGGGAGCCAAUACUGACCUUCCAUAAGAUGUUUGUAGGAUUGAACUCCAAAUAACACAUGACACUCAGUUUCGGAACUUUUCCUUUAUGUUGAAAUAAAACUUUUUGGAUUCUAACUGAAUAAAAUUUGAUUGCAAA